AUGGAGGACAUGACAGCAGGAAACCAUUGCACAGUGACUGUGUUCUUCUUAGCUGGGCUCUCAGAGCAGUCAGAACUCCAGCUGCCCCUGUUCCUCUUCUUCACAGGAAUAUAUCUAAUCACUGUGUCUGGGAAUCUGGGCAUGAUUAUACUAAUUGGGCUCAGUUCCAACCUGCACACACCCAUGUACUAUUUCCUCAGCAGUUUGUCCUUCAUUGACUUUGGUCAGUCCACAGUUGUUACCCCUAAAAUGUUGGUGAGCUUUCUGACAGAGAAGAACUUCAUCACCUACCCUGGAUGCAUGACUCAGCUCUAUUUUGUCAUCAUUUUUGGCACUGCAGAGAGCUACACAUUAGCUGCAAUGGCAUAUGACCACUAUGUUGCCAUCUGUAACACCUUGGUUUACAAUAUAGCCAUGUCCUCUCAGAUUUACUGUUCUCUGAUUUCAGGGGUAUACAUUUUUGCUGUGUUCUGUGCAUCAGUAAACAUGGGCUUCAUGUUUAGGAUCCAGUUCUGCAAAUCAGAUGUAAUCAACCACUAUUUCUGUGAUUUCCUUCCCCUCUUGAAACUUGCAUGCUCUAAUACAUAUGUCAGUGAAAUGUUGAUUCUAUUUUUUGGUACACUGAAUAUCUUUGUCCCAAUGCUGACCAUUAUUACUUCCUACAUCUCCAUUAUUUCCAGCAUCCUCCGCAUUCACUCUAGGGAGGGCAGGUCCAAAGCCUUCAGCACCUGCAGUUCCCACAUCUCUGCUGUUGCCAUCUUCUAUGGUUCUGGUGUAUUCGUGUACUUACAGCCAUCACAAGUGAGUUCAAUGGACCAAGGAAAAGUGUCCUCUGUGUUUUACACUACUGUUGUUCCCAUGCUGAACCCCUUGAUCUACAGCCUGAGGAAUAAAGAUGUCAGUGAUGCAUUGAAGAAAAUACUUGAAAGAAAAACAUUCAUGUAA